GGAUAGUCGGGCUAGGACCCCGGAAGUGCCGGCUUGGCGGAAUCUGGGGAGAAAGCGUGGACAGCAGAGGCAGCGGCGGCGGCAGAGGGAGGCAGGCGCAGGAGCUGCAACCCCGUCUGCACUUCGGUGCGGGGCAGCGCCGGAGGAGGAGGAGGACGAGGCGGCGGAGGCGCUGCUGCUGCCGCCGUGGGUGGGGGCGCCGCGCUCGCCUCGCCUGCCUCCCUCUGGGCGACCUGCCGGGGGUGUCCCAGCGCUCGCGGCUGGAAUGGUGCUGGCGCCGGCGCGCGGUGCCCGCGUUCCCCGGAGAGAGCAGCCCGAGCGGAGGAGCCGCCGCGAUGGAGAUGCUGCUGCUGCAGCCGUUGGGGUGAGCGGCGCCGGCAGGGCUGGGCGCGCAUGGGGGUCCGGGGGAGAGAGGCGCGGCGCUGGGCUGGGCCGCGCGUAGUAACGGUGCGAGGGAUCCUGGAGAGGGCAUCCACCACCACCUCGACAGAGUGUACUUUGGAGCAGGCCUCGGCCCCGCCGCCGGUUGGGAAUGCCCAAGGUCCGCUUUUGGGAACGAACGGAGCGGUUAUUUCGGAGCCCCGGAGCACGGGCAGAGUUUGUUUCCUGUUCCCCAGAGGCCAGCCCGCAGGCGCCCCAGAGCAAAGGGAGUGGGGUUGGUAUAUAAGGGUCGCCUUUGGGGCGAUGCUCUCGGGCGUGGAAGGGAUGCUCCCUGGUCCCACACCUUUGGGUGCUGGCCAAGUGUCUGGAAACAGAAAUGCACUCUGGACGUGCUCAGAAGCACUGCCCGUAGAAUCUGUAAGCUCCAGGCCAAAACACUUUCUGGAACUGGACCCUGGCCUUAAUGUAAAUAUGGGAUGCUUUGAGGUAGUCUGUAGUAUAAUUUUGUGGGACACUUCCAUUCAUUCUAAGUGAAAGGGAGCAGCUUUCAGGCAGGCGUUUUCAUGUUUGUCUGCCCUUCACACUUACUGGUCUGUAUGUGCUCUUUUAAAAUCCUAAUGUGGGCUGGGGACAAGCUAGCAAGAGAAGAACCAGUUUAUCUUUGUUUGUUCUUUUGUUUGAAUUAGUAAUAAUUUUCUAUUGAAUAGUAGUGUAUUUGGCGCUUGCAGUGUGCUGGGUAAUGUACGGGAAUGAUGGUUUCUGCCUGUGAGGACUGUAGUUUUGUUCUGCACAAUCACUUUAAUUCUUUAGCUUCAAAUAACUAUUCUGUCCCCUGCCCCUCUGGUUUUUGUUCACUACUUCUAACACCCAUGUAUUGAAAGAUUAGGAAAAUGCACCCUAAUAUGUUUCAAAUGCUGCUUUGAAAGAGGUCCUGAUAGCAUUGUGAGUUUGCAGUUUAAGUCAGUGCCCCUCACAGUGAGGUGCUAGAAGUGAAGACCUGUUGCCCAUAGCUAAAAGACUCAGCAGGCAGGUUAGAGGAUCCUCAAAGGCCCUUCUACUGAUGCAUGCCCCUGCUGUCAGAUGUUAGAUGACAGUAAGCGGAGAAAGGGCUUUCUCUGUGAUGGUGCCUUGUUCGAGCUUUAUGUGUCAAAACCUUAUUAUCCCAGGCUUCAAACAAUUACUGAUGCUGCUAUCUGAAACUGUCCUAACAUAGAAAUAUACUGAGUUAGACCAUCCGGUCUGGCCAUCUCAGAAAUGCAUAUACACUGAUGGGCAACAGUUUUCAGGAUUUCAGACCCAACCUGGAGUCUUCAUUAUUUAGAGCAACUACUGUACUGACCUCCUUCAAAGAAAAGUUAACUCAACCCAGAGCCAGCAAGGGUCUGUGAGUGGCUAUAUUUAUUUCCUUGUUUUUGUUUUUGGGGGUUGCAUAUUAAUGUUCAUUAUUGCAUUAACUGGAUCUUCCUGCUUUGUAAAUAGAUUAUAAAAUAAAAUGCCAUAUUUCCCACUUGUCUGUCACUUUCCACGUAGGUUUUUGGCCUAGCCUGAGUUACCGAAGAGUAAGGUUUUUUGGGGUAGUGGAAAUCUCAAUAACACAGGAGGAACAGUUUGGAGAGGAGGGGGAGUUGGGAAUGAAGCAGACAAGGCAGCUCAUUUGCUCCUGCAUGAUUUGGAGGGAAUGGAGAACACAGGAGAACAGACAAUGGGUUGGAUCCAGGUGAAGUUAGUUGCACUUAAGCUGCCUAAUUUCAGUGACAACCAAAUAUGACUAAUUUGUUCCAUUCCAUCGAUUUCAGUAGGACCUCAGUUCAACUAACUUCACCUGCAUCCUGCUAUAUGUAUGAAUAAAUAACCAGCCUAAAUUGUUCAAGAAUUACACAUCCAAAUAAUGGAUGUAAAGUGCUUCAGGUAAUGGUGGGGUAUCAGCAAAAAAAAUUGCCUUAGGUUAGAGGGUUGUGUGAUCCCCAAAGAUUCUAAGAAGAGUUUUGUUAAGGUUCCUCCAAAGUCCUGUUUCUUGAAGCUAGGAAGGUGAAAUGUAUUGGAACAAGUUUAAGAAUCCGCUGAAGCAAUUAAUCCAAGGGGAAGUGAGUCUGUUGUUUGUCACAUUAGAUUGAAGAAGCUCUUCUGGGACAGAAGAUAGUUUUGUGCAUGAUGAUAGAAAAGGGGUGGAUGGAUGAGGUGCAUAUUAAGACCAGUGGUUCAUCAGGUCCAGGUUUGGGGAGCCGUUGGCUCUCCAGUUGUUGCUGAACAGCAGUGCGCAUUGUCCUCGGCCUCUAGGCAUGCAUACUAGGUCUGAUGGGAGUUGUAGUUCGGCAAUACCUGGAGGGCCAAAGGUACCUCACACCUUAUCUAGAAUAACAUCUUGUUUUCCAUAGUGGCCUGCCAGAUGCCUCUUAGAGGGUAGGCUUCUAAGAAUGAUAUUCAAAGAUUUCUGAGGUUAGUGGAGCUACAGAAAGACCUAUACAGUGGUACCUCAGGUUAAGUACUUAAUUUGUUCUGGAGGACUGUUCUUAACCUGAAGCACCACUUUAGCUAAUGGGCCUCCUGCUGUUGCCGCACCGCUGGAGCACGAUUUCUGUUCUCAUCCUGAAGCAAAGUUCUUAACCCGAGGUACUAUUUCUGGGUUAGCAGAGUCUGUUACCUGAAGCGUAUGUAACCUGAAGCGUAUGUAACCUGAAGCGUAUGUAACGCGAGGUACCACUGUAUAUGUGUUGUAAGGAAUGUGAAAGCAGAUGCACGUGCCAUGUCCCCAAACUAAGAGUUAAGUGUCUGUCUUCUAGUCUAAAUGGCAACAGAUCCCUUCCGUUUCCUGCAAGGCAGACUGAGCAUCUUGGCGGGAAGCGAGGAGCAUCCCGCUGGCUGUUGUCUUAUAAUCAACCAUGCAAGCAACACUGAUAAAUGUUAAGUUGUUUAUCAGGCUUGAUUCUUGGAAUAGUGGAUGGAAUGAGGUAGAGAUGGGUGCCAAUUGUAUGUUACCACCUCUUUAUAAUGAGUUAUUGGACCGUUUUUUGAGAAUAGGAGGCAACACAGUGUAAUCCCUGUGUAUUAAAAGAUAAGCCCUACUGGAAAGGGGGGGGGGACUGGCAAAGAAAAUUAGCUGGGGCUCAUGUUCUUUGGUGUCUCAUAAAGUUUGACUCCUGGCCUUUUGUCAUACAAACAGAGCCACUAAGUAGUUAAGAGCAGGGGCACUUCCUUGAUUCUUAAAAUGGUUUAUUGAAGCGGGGGGGGGGGGGGUCCAUAUGUACACAAGCUAUCUACCUGUAACUUUUCUUUGAGAGUUUCACAACGAUGUGGAUUUUCUGGAAACCUUUUCUGUCCUAAAUUUUCUGUCCUAAAUUAACUAAGAUCUACUUCAGCAUGUUGAAGAUAUAUUCAGUUAGCAAAGCUAUUUUUAAAAAAUAACCAUGUCAUGGUUGGUUUUAUGUGCUGUUUGGAGUAUUUAAUUUUCCACUCAGUAGCCAGAAUUAUUUGAAAUGAAGUGCUUUGUUCAGGAAAACAAGGCACACUUCAUGUUGUUUACAUGCUAUAUUCAAACAUGUUAAAAACUUUACGUGGAAAUUCGUAUUUCGAUACUUCUGAAAUGUUUUUACUUUAAAAUACUGUUAAGACAUAACAGCUCAGUAGCAUACACUUCGUUUACAUUACAUUGGUACCUCUAGUUACGAACUUAAUUUGUUCCGGAGGUCCGUUCUUAACGUGAAACUGUUCUUAACUAGAGGUGUGCUUUUGCUAAUGGGGCCUCUUGCUGCUGCUGCGCCGCUGGCACACGAUUUCCGUUCUCAUCCGGGGGCAAAGUUCUCAACUCGAGGUAACUCUUCCAGGUUAGCGGAGUUUGUAACCUUAAGCGUUUGUAACAUGAGGUGUUUGUAACUCGAGGUACCACUGUAUUAACUUUUAUUGUUAAAAGCUAAAUACAGUGUAUUAAUUUGCAUUAGAAUAUAAUUUUGGCAUGCUUAAAGAACCAUAUAUAAACAAGGGGCAGUGUCACAAGGCAUACUAACUAAUGUGUGUAGAUGUAGAUUUAGGUCUCUUAGCAAAUUAAGAUAGUUGCUGGGACCUUACCCACACUGUGCUAGCAUCUUUCAUUUCAUUUAUUAGACUUAUUAGUCGCUUGCUGCUCAAAGUCUUCUAUGUGCUCGAUCUUGUCCUCGAUCUUGUCCAUUGCACCUCCUUGCAGUUUGUUGAAGAACUGUUGAGCUUUCAGAAGUUGGGCUGCACUGGGAGGACCUGUAGCUGGAAGCACCAGUUGGGCAAGCAGUGGUGCUUGCUGGAUUGAUCCACUAUAAAAGAUCUUAAAGUGGGUGGGAUCUCUUCCAGAACUGGCACUAAGCUAAAAGAAGUAAUAGAAGAGUAGUCAUAGAAUUGGAAGGGUCCCUGAGGAUCAUCUAUACUGAAUUUAUAUACUGCCCUAUACUCAUAGGUCUCAGGGCAGUUCUAGUCCAAACCAUUGCAAUGCAGGAAUACGCAGCUGCCCUGUAUGGGAAUCAAACCUGCAACCUUGGCAUUAUCAGCACCACACACUAACCAACUGAGCUAUUCAGGCAGGCAAGCCACAGAAAGGACAGGAAGAGAAAAGGAUAUUGAGCAGCUGCAAAAAUAAAAAAUAAAAUACCACGCAUGUUCCCCUAAUGUAAUGGACUUGGUGAUAUAUAGAGGCAAUUUCCGUAGCAUGAGAGACUUUUGGUAACUAGAGGUUCAAUGACUAGAAAACAAUGUCUUUAAAAAGUUAAUAAGAAUGAUGGUUUGAGCUGAUCUAUUUUCUUUGAAAGGCCAAGUUUGUCUUCCCCUUGAUCUCUUUGGUGCUUGGAUACAGACAUUUGACAAGAAGGCUCUGCAUUCACUGAUUGAUUGACUCACUUUGUUGCAGACAUUCACUGUGACCUUUAGGACUGAUUUGUUGGAAGGACAAUCUGAUUCUGAUGCAUUUGCACGGUACCUAGUGGCUCAAACUUGUGGAAUAAGCCCUGUGCUUGCCUCUCUACUCUGACCUUUGGAACAAUUGCUAAUAUGUGAUGUCUUGGGUUACAGAGCAGCUCUAUUUGAACAUAAUGAGAUAUUGUCAGUGGCCAUUCUUGCUGCCUUGAUUGGCAGGCAGGGGGAAGUCUCCUCAAAUGAAGUAUUGUGAGAUAUCAGGCCCAUGUGUCGUCAUACUAGCACAGCCCUCCAGAUGUUGUGGGACUACAGUUCCCAUCAGGCCAAGCCAUCAUGGUUAGAGAUGAUGGAAUUGCAAUCCAAAACAUUGGAAGGCAAGCAGGUUUGGGAAGGACAUUGGGGCUCAUGAUUGGUCUAUAGUGUAUCAUUUGCAGGUGCAGGUAAGUCGUGGCACUAGGGCUUUUUUCUUUUUUUCAGAUUUGGCUAAAGAGCACAUCAUUUUGACCUCUUUCCUUGCAAUCUGUUAGUACAUCUUGAGUAAGUAUCCGUCAGAGCGACUCCUUUUAACUGGCACUGUUUUGAUCUGCUAUCAGUAAUUUAAUCUGAUUAUAUAUGGGGGUUUUUUUGUCUUGGAGCAUUUAUAUGCAUGGAUCUAAAUCGUUCAGAGGUUUGGGUUGUUUGUCCUGAGUGUUGAGGGCCUGGUCAAAGCAAAGUUCUGCACCUGGCUUCCUUUCUUCAGGUGGUGAUGAUGCUUCAGGAAGCUGCAGAAAUGUAGGCAGUAAAACCUUUUAGCCCAUGUUGGUGACAAACUCACCAGCAGACAGUUAAUGAACCAGCCUUUCUUACUUGCAGAUGUACCAAACUGUGCCAGCAGAAACCUCUGGAUCUGAAAGAUGAUAAUACCGAAAAGCACUGUCCUGUUACAGUGAACCCUUGGCAUAUGAAGAACGCUUUCAAAGUUAUGAAUGAAUUAAGAAGGUACUACUUCUUGAUAUACACAUAGUCUGAUUGCUUGUCUGGUCAUUCACUGAGCUUUGCCAUUGAUGGGAUGUACAGGCUAGCAUCAUGUCCUAAGAUGGGGUCUGGAGAUUCUCUUCUGCAUGCACAACUGUCUUCCCCUCAAAAGCAGCUCCCUAAAGAAAGUUGGUUUUCUUUUAGCGGGGCGGGGGGCGGGUUAAGGUGAGUUGCAUCUAGAUAAACAUUUCCAUAUGUAGAAGCCUACACUUCUGUAUCCAUUCAUGGUGGUAGUUCUGCACCUUAAAUGUGGGUUGCUACAAACUCUAUGCAAAACAGGUGGGCUGGUUUCAAGCAGUGGGAACUCUGUGGCCCCAAGCUGUCCUCUCCCCUCCCUUCCAUUUCCCCCAAAACCCUAAAGCUAACUGGGUGAUUUUGGGCCAGCCCUAUGGGGCAUAACCUGCCCCACAGGAAAGAAAGUUAUGAGAACUGUCUUGGGCCGUGAGAUAAAUCCCAUAAUCCCUAUUAGGAUAGUUGCUGUGACAAUAAAGUGUAGACGAAAGAUGGGAUAGAAUGGUAAGAAAUGGUUUUGUUUUUGAGCCUAGUUGGUGGUGUUGGUGCAGGGGCACUUCGGGGGCAUAGUAACAGCAUCACCUGUCACUUUUCUACUCUUUUUGUGUAUAGUUCCCACAUCCUUUGUUCAAAGUCUUGCGCACCCAUGCCUGGAGUGGCACAAGUGUCUCCCCUUUUUUUGGCUCAUGGCACCUUGAUUUUGUUUGGAAGUAAUACAGUUACCGGUAGUUGGUAACUUCUAGCCUGUUUGCAUUAUGAGACUUCUUCACCCAUUAUAUUCAUGGAGAGAUUCUCAUACAAUGACUGGGGCCAGCCCUGGAGUUGGGGAUGGCGUUGUCCCCACUGUGGAAACUUUGUGCCAGUGUGGAUAUCUGCAGGGAUGAAGUCUGCUCAUGAGCAGGUGCUGCUCUCCAGAGCUAGGGCAGGUGACUUGCCUCUCCUUAGUUGUUGCAAGAGGACGCUGUCACACAUAUAACAUGUAAACCUGCUUUGUAAGUCUCAGGGUUUUGUGAAUAAGCUUGAUUAGGACCUGCCGUCUUGCGUGGACAAGAGGGUAAACUAGUCUGACAUCCACAAAUGUGCACAGCUAUUCUGUGCACAGACUGCAGUCUAUAGUGUGCUGUCUGCUAGGUCUUCUCCCAGCAGAAAUAAGGGUCACUGUAUUGUGUUCUGCAUACAUUUCAUUCCUCACAACCAGAAAUUCCUUGCCCUCAUGUUUUUAAACUAAAUGUCCUUGAGUUCAUUUGCCUCUUUAAAAUUCAGUUUGGAGGGACACACUUAAUGUUAAACUUCUUCCAUUUAUAGGCAAAUUGAAUCUUGGCAAAUAGUAUGAAACUAUCUGUAUAUUAAUAAAUUGUUGUUUUGCCUCUCUGAGCUUCACCCAUCCUGCAAGUGAUUCUGCCAUCUGUCUUGCCUCUUCCUGCUUUGAACACACCCCAAUAACAAAUUUUCCUUCUUUUGAAUGGCUUGAAUUCAGCUUGUAUUUUGCUAUGUUAUUAUGAAAGUGUUGUUACGUUAUUGUUUUGCUGUGUUGUUAUGAAAUUGUUUUUUUGUAGUGUAUGUUUAAAAUGCGUCCUGCUUCUUUGUUGUAAGCCGCUUUGAGCUUGGGGUGUGUGUGUGUGUGUGUGGAAAAAGUGGCAUACAAAUAAAAUGACUGAAUGAGGGAUCUAGGGAAAAGGUCCAGGUAGUGAAACCAUGUAUGGUCCUAAUUCAGUGACUAGAACAUUGGAUCAAUAUUUUUGAGUUUGAGGUUCAUUGUGUGAUGUUGGACAGGCAGCUGUCUUUUGCCCUUGGUUCUCCAUCUGUAAAAUAGGAAUACCAAUGAAGUUAAUAGUUCUUAAUAAGAUGAAGGUGUGAUUAGUGGAGAGCUGCAGAUGUGAUGCAGUAAAAAUAAGCCGAGAGAGGCAUGUUAAUAGUGGCAUCAUCAUUACCAAGAGGAGCAGUAAGCUUCUGGACUUUGGCUGCACUCUCCUCAUUUUAUUUUUUAAAAUGCAGGGGGGUGGGGACUGAUAUUGGUGGGGUUUAGCAAACUCCCUGUUCCCAAUUGGCAACUUUCAUCAACGUGGGUAAUGGUUAUACUUUUUGAAAUGCAUCUGGAAAUUAAAUAUAUCUUAAAAGCUUAUUGGGGAGAGUAUAUAAUAUUAGCAGCUUCGUAGCAGGUGCUGUUUGGGAAUUCUAAGAAACCAAAAAAAUUAAUGCAGUUUUUAAAUUAGAAGUUAAAACCAGUGCAGUUUUAAAAAGCCUUCCAUCGUAAUUCAGAAUGGCAUAUGAUUGUAUCCAAACAUAGAUUAAAAACGUGCUCCUUGAUCUCAGGCACCAUCAUACAGAAUUUGGUUAUGAUAUCUCAAGAGGGGUCUGAAUACAGAGCACACAAGCAGCUUUCCAAAACAGACAGUAGAUGUUUGCUUUCUUCCAGAUUCUGCAUUGUUCACCACUCAUCCUCUUCUUUUCUCGUUUUCUACAUAGUCAAAACUUGUUGUGUGAUGUGACAAUAGUAGCUGAAGACAUGGAAAUUGCAGCUCAUAGAGUUGUGUUAGCAGCUUGCAGCCCAUACUUCCAUGCCAUGUUUACAGGUACUGUACUACUUUGUUUCUUACUUCUUGAAACUAUAGCAUAGCUAAAUGAGUAUACAAGGUCAAAACACAGCAGCGGAAAUGGAAUUGGGAGGGGUUGGGGGGGUGAGAGAGUGUUGAGACAUCAGUUGCAAUAUUUGAAAAUGUCACGCUAUUAACAGGCAUGGAGGACUUAAUGACUUUGCCGUCUUAUUGCUGGAGUUCAUGUUUUAGUAUUCUUUGCAUAACUCUAAGUGACAGCUGGACUGUAUAUCUUGCCGUAAAUUAUAUGCCAGCUGGGGUUUUUCUCCUUUUCUCUCUCUCUCCUUGCACUGCUUAUGCUGUGUGUUUAAGGCUGAAAUGUUAGUGGGUUUUCAGGACACAAGGAUGGUUGCAUCUGUCUUUGGGGUUGAUGUGCAGAUGGCCUUCCAGCUGUUGUGCUCUGAAUUCCAAACCAGCAUGACCAGUGGCCAGGAAUGAUGGGAACUGUAGCCCAACCUCAUACAGAGGGCCACAGAUUCACAGUCUCUUCUUUAGAUGACUUCAGUGUCGUUUAGGAUAAAUAUUCAGUCAGUCAUCAGGAAAGUAUUAGUAUUGAAGCUCUGACUAAGCCUCCUUUCCCUUUAUACUAAAGUUUCUUACGUUAGGAAUUCUUAUUUUCAGACCAAGUCAAUCACUACCUGCAUUAUUUUGAUUCAGGUGUCUUCUUAAAAGAUAGAUGAAAGAAAAAUAUGGAGUUCUCAUACAAGUUAGAGAUUAUUCUGUCAGCUUAAAUGCUUUUGUUUGAUGUGUGUAAUCAAAUACUAGGUAGUCCAUUGUUAUGACCGACUGUGGCUGUGGCUGAACACAUUCCCUGAUGGCUCUGGUCUCCCCUUACACGCCAUUUUUAUUUAGAAAAUUAUGAUCCAUCUUUGGGUCUUCAGAGGGGCCACCAUGGUGGCUUUCAGAUGUAAUACAAGUAAAAAAUGGUAUAUGCAAUGGGAUAAUUAACAAUGGCAGGAGGAGAACAGCAAAAAAAAAACAACCCCUCAGUUUAAAAAUUCACCUCUGUCUGUCCCAUCUUCCAUUGCAAUUGGGUUAUGUGCUCUGGCUUCACAGGCAGGAGUUUUAGCAUCUCUGUUGCCUAUGUGUAGAGUCUGGGAGUUUUUUGUUCCACUCAGAAAACAUAUUCCAAAAGGACCAAACUAUUGACUAUCCAGCUAGAAUUCUAGUUCGGAGACUAUUUCCUUCCUAUCUCAUCUGUCUUGUUUUGUAAUUCUAUCCCAUACUGCAGGGGUAGCCAAUGUGGUAUACUCCAGAUGUUGUUCAACUCCAGUUCCCAUUAGCCUAUGCCAGCAGGCAGGGCUGAUGGGAGCUGGAGUCUAGCAACACCAUGUUGGCUACACCUGCCAGGCACAAUGGGCUGUAUCCAAUUAAGUAUGAUUAAUGUUGGGUACAGCCCAAUUACAUUGGGGCUGUACUACAGGUUACAGUGGGCUUUUUCCUGCUGUUGAGCAGAAGCAGUCAAUCAUUAUCUUUAUUGUGGUCACAGACCAGAGCAGAAGCAGUUAAAUAUACCUUGGACGAACUUCAUUGCUAUUAGAGGCACUGGCUUUUUCUGGUCUUGGAGUCUUGUUCUGAAUCCUCUUCUCUUGCAAAUAUUUGUGCUGGCACUGCAGAUGGUCUUCAUGACCAGCCUUUCAGCCUCCACAAGCUGACACCAUAUUUCCCUAUUUUCUGGCUAGAGGUGAAAUUGUUUUGAGAGACAGUGAAUCAAAUGCUGCUGCGAAUAAUCCUCCUUGUGGGCUGCUAGAAUUUUCUAAGGCAGUUUCUACUGGUAUCAUUUAAAUAUAUUGAAAGCUGAUUGUAUCAAGCCGUUAUUCCAGUUCGUAUGAGUGCUCUGGUGCCCUUUCUGUAUAGUUGUCAUGUGCUGAGUUUUAUGAACCCAUGAAGUUUUUAGCCCUGAAAUUACAAAUAGAUAUAGACAUUUUAGACUGGCAUCCAAGGUUUUCACAGUUUUGUGCAGAUCAUAGCAGGAAGCGUAGCUAAACCUGAUAGUUGCUCCAUAAAUUCAAAAUAUUUUUCCAGCACUUUGUAGUUUUUAUUGGGGAUGAGGGGGUGUCUUCCAAAAAGAGACACACUGAUCUAUAUAGCUUCGUUCUGGAGAAUAAGCUUUUCCUUUCUCUUCUCUUAGAGGAAAGUUUUUGUGCUGAGGAAGCCACCUGGAACUGCAACAUGUUGAUGCCAAUUGCCAGUAUCUGAUUAAAUUAACAGAGCUAUACAACCAUGUAUUAUAGGUGAAAUGAGCGAGAGUCAGGCAAAGAGAGUUCGAAUAAAGGAAGUUGAUGGAUGGACCCUUAAGAUGCUCAUUGAAUAUGUUUACACUGCUGAAAUUCAGCUUACAGAGGAAAAUGUACAGGUGAGUAGGAGGAUACUGUCAACUCAUCCUUUAAUGGUAUGCAUAAUGACACAAAAAGUAAGGCACUCCCCCACCCCUAUGAGGGUGAUGACAUUUAUUUUUAGCAUCUUAGUCAUAAGAAGGAUGUGUGCUUUUUAGUAGCAUUUAUGUGAUCUUAUAGCACUUCUUUUUCUUGUUCAAAAUAACUGAUACAGAACUUGCACUUUAAAGUCACCUGCUGUUUUACAGUCCUCAACAAGCCGUUUAGUAAUUGUAGAUCAAAUAUAAUGACCAGCCUUGGAAGCAGUUGAGAAAGCAGUGGCUUGAAAGGGUAAUGCUAAAUACGCGGCAUUUGGGUAUACAUCUUCGCUGAUGCAUGUCAGAAGCUCUAGUGUAGCAAAAAGGGGCAAAGUUUGAAUAUGGAUGUCAAAUAUACAUAUUGGGAUCUAUCAUAUUUAAAUUGUCAUGCAUUCAUUGCACUCGCCGCUGAAGUGGCCAGCAACCGCUAAAUAAAUAGCAAAUAUUUGUUCUGCAUUCUGGAGAAGCUCAAAAACACACACAGAGGAACAGGUUUACUAGUUGUCCAGGUUGUUAACUAAAUAGGCAUAAUCAGCCAGCUUUCUAAAUGAACUCAGUUGUGGUUGUGGUUAUGGUUGUUGUUGUUUUAUUGAUAUAUAUUGUUAUAUAACAACAAUUACAAAACAAAAACAAAACUCAAUUUCCCCCCGCUUCCCCCUUCCAGGACGGAUCAGUCUGUUUAAUUUGCCAAAGUCCAGUCCAUGCCAUUCUUCAGGAUUAUCAGUAAAGCAUUUUAUUAAAGGAUGCCAUAUUUCAGCAAAAUCAUCUACAUAAUUUGUAUCAUUCAGUGCAUGUCAUCUCUUUGUUAAUUUAUCUGAUGCAGCAGUCAACUGUACGUUCUGUUUCCAAUGAGAAAUACACAGAUGUUCCAGUCUCUUCCAAUUCUGUGCCACUACUGGGCAUGCUGCUACUAAAAGAAAAUUAAUUGGUUCUUUAUAACAGAGGCCAGAUUGCCCUUCUUUAGAAAUGAUUAAUCCAAACUUGGGGUACAUUCCGUAUGUUGACCUGUAAUACAGCUUUUUUCCUGUAAAUACCCUCUGCUGAGGGUCAGGGAACAGGUACGUGUGUGUGUGUGUGUGUGUGUGUGUGUGUGUUAUGCAGCCUGCUUUGUGCCUCCUAAGCUAGCCUGCUAUCUGACUGCAGUAGAAGAUACUGUCCCAUCACCAGUCGUGAAAUAAGAUUCAGCCACCAGUCUGGUCAGCUUCUGUAUCUGGAAUAGAGAGGGGGUCCAUCCCCUUGGGCUGCAAAAUGUCUUCGGCCAGCCUGGUUCCUGGCAAAACCUACUGACCUGAAAGCUGAUUUCCUUAGUUCAGCAGAUAAUGAUGAGACUUAAAAUGUCACAAUAGCAUUCCCUAAUUGUAACAACAAUGUACUUAAGACCCUAGUGCAGUCUUAAACAGAAUAAUAUCCCCCAUUUGGGUUGGUUCUGCCACAUCCUUACUCGCUGCAGAACUUCUAUGAGCUAUGACUGCUGCAAUAGCCAUCCCUACAGAUGAGGAAAAAUGAUUGUUCGCUUACCAGAAAUCAGAUACCCAUCUCUUUAGUGAUUUGAGGGAUUUGGGUUUCACUUUGUGAGCUCUGGUUUCUUACCUUACUAAUCUUUCAGGGUACAGUGUUCAGCGUUUACAGUACUCGAGCUCUGCCGAGGUGGUAAAUGUCAUUGCUUGAACUAUUAGGGCAAACUGUGGCAUGUAAGAGUAGCAGAGAUCUUGGUGCAGCAACAUCAACCAUUAUUUAUGGACACUCUUCAUUCAGCUUUAUAUACUGUUUCUGAUUCCAGCCUGCAUGCUGCAAUAAUAAGCCGUCCAAUGUACUGUUAUUACAUUUCCUGAGUAUCCAUCUGGAUCACAGUAUCUAACACAGUAUUAAUGAUGGCAGCUGGUGUAGUCAACCUUUAACUCAAGCUUGUUUCCAAAUCUGCCUAAAGAUUCUUCUGCCUGGAAGGCCUCUGUGCAUGUUUUUCAGUUAGAGUUGUGAUGUGGCGCUUUGAGACCAAUGUAGGAUCAUAUAAUUGUAGAGUUGGAAGGAAUCCCAAGGGUCAUCUAGUCCAACUGGCCAGUUGCACUGAGAGGAGAGAAGGUGUAGGUCUCGUUUUUAACCGCAGAAGGGGUGCAUGACUUGUCUUCCUGUAGCCCUCAAGUGCUUACAAACCACCUCCUUUUAGCUAAGCUUUGAUGCUGGAAGUCUGUUUGGGAAAGGGGAAAGUGCUUGUUAAGAGCUGCAGUGAAUAGUGGGUGCAGCGAGAGUCCAGCGCCUCUCACCUGUGCUCCUCUUUUUCUGUUAAAUUUGAUUGCCACUCCCUAUGUGAAUAGGGGAGAGCCACAUGUAAAGCAUGCAGAACUGCCAGCAUCAUAUUAAUAUGGCCCUGAGUGUUGACACAGCUGUUUUUGCAUAUAUAAUAUACACAUGCGCACACAUACAUACAUACACACAUACACACACACGGUCAGCAAGAGAAUGACUUCUGUUAUAUAGCCAUCAUUUGGUAUUCUGUUGCACUUACAAGUUGCUUCUUCAUUUUCACAUAUUUGAAGUGCUUUGGCCCCACAAAAUGUCUUUCCGAAGUCAUUGGGAUUGGUACCUAAUGCAUUGAUUACAUGGAGAUCCCCCAUCGCCAAAGCUCUUUUAUAAGCAGUUCCUUUUACUUAUAUUUGUACUCACAGCCUGUCUUCCACAAAAGAGUAGAUAAGUCUCCAAGGGAUUUGCAGUCUCUGCAAAGAGUGAUGAAAAUUGGGGGGGGGGCUAUUUCCCCUGAAUUAGGAAGGGAGUUAGAGGUAAUUAAAACCUUAUAUUUUAUUCAUUUAUGAAACUCUUCAUUCAUAUCCAUCUACAGCUAAAAGUAAUUGUUUACUUGAUUAUGUUAAUGGAGAUGAAAUGUGUGGGUUUCCAUGUUUAGGACUGAGCCAGUACAGCAGAGCUGUUUUGACCCACCCAAGAUAAGGUGGAAAGCUCCUUACCUGGCAUUUCAUCCUGACAGGUGUUGGUUGUCUUGUUUUUCAUUGUGGACUUUGGAAUCAAGCAGUGCCUCUGUUUUUCAGGACGGCUGAGCUCUGGGUAAGCCCUACAGGCAACUCACAUUGGGUGUCUCCAUGGAAUUUAGUAAAAUUUUAGUGUAAGGAGGCUACACUGUGUAUACUUCAAAGUGUGUUCUGUUAGACACUAGGCUGGACUUUGAUGAUAGAGAAGAGGUAUAGCUGCAAUUAUGGAAACUAGAAUCCUGUGGCUACAAAUUGAGGGUCUCUGCAACUGAUUCCAGAAGCAUUGGAUUUGGCAGCCUUUAUGGGCAUCAAUUUAUGCUCCUUUGCUUCAGAUGUUCAUGUAUAUGCCACAUUCCCUUUGUUUGCGACCUUAACAAGCAGGCUGCACUGUGGCUGUUAUCCUUCUUGAUGGUAGAGAAUUAUAUACAAUUCUCUAAAAAACCCCAAACAGCUGCUGUGCAUUCCUGCGGUAUGCAAAUGCUGUGUGUAAUGCCCUCCAUCUUGUAUAUAAAUGGCGUGUGUAAUACCAGUGAUCUAAUGAUCUCGUCCUUUGCAAUUUGAGUCCUAUUUCCUGUUAGGUAUGACUUGCCAGUAUCUUUCAACUCAUUAUCUGGUACAGCAUGUAGCAUUUCUGACAAACUGUUUGGCCAAAUGUUCACUAAACGCAAGAAAAUGUCUCAAGCUGUUGCAUAGUCAACACUUUCAACGGCAGCAAUUAAGGAUUUUUAACACCUAAUAGCUUGCUGGCUUAAAAAAAUUCCUUAAUUGUUGGGAUGGGUUUGACCGGUUUGACAUAGAAUUAAACUACUGUGAGUAAUAUCACACUAUUUUGACUGAGACCAGCUUUACCCCCCACCCCCGAAAGUGAUCUUCCUCAUAAAAUUUGUAGCUUCUUUACUAGGCCUAGUCAGGUUCAGUUUAAUCGGUAGCUGCUUUGAGGUGUUAGGACUGUUGAACGCUUGUGGUGUUAGGCGUAAUGGGAGAGUCUAAAUGGGAGGCAGGUUGAGGAGAAGGGAGAUCUGAUAAGACAGGAUCUUCUUUUGAGAUCAUAGAAGAGUUUUUAGCAUGUAUUUAUGGGUGUGUUUGAACUAUAAUAUAGGUAAAAAAGGUAAAGGACCCGUGGAAGGUUAAAUCCAGUCAAGGGCGACUAUGGGGUGUGGUGCUCAACUCGCUUUUCAGUUCAAAGGAGCCGGCGUUUGUCCACAGACAGCUUUCUGGGUCAUGUGGCCAGCAUGACUAAACCACUACUGGCACAAUGGGACACUGUGGCGAGUGCCAUAGUGCACGGAAAUGCCAUUUACCUUCCCUCCACAGUGGUACCUAUUUAUCCACUGGCAUGCUUUUGAACUGCUAGGUUGGAAGAAGCUGGGACAGAGCAAAGGGAGCUCAUCCCGUCGCGCGGAUUCGAACCACUAAACAUCUGAUUAGCAAACCCAAGAGGCUCAGUGGUUUAGAUCACAGCGCCACCUGCUCCCUUUGAAUUAUAAUAUACCAUUAAUUCAGUGUGACUUACAGGUAAUAAUAAUAACUUGCAAUACCAUUCAUUCAUUCAUUUAAUUUCUUCUUAUACUUACUGGGGUGGAUCUAGAUUUGCUCUUAAGUUUGUUCAUUUGAGUGGAACUACACACCAACUAACUCAGUUUGGAUUCAGUCUGUUGUUGUUGUUGUUUAUUAGGGAUUUUCUCCCCACUCUUCCGAUAAAAUUCCAAGCUCAUUAAAACAUACUGGGUUGCAUCCAGUGUUGCACCUUCAGGAUUCCAAUGGGGCAACAGGACUUCCUUUUCCUCUCUGUUCUUCCCUUCCUUCCCCUCCCCCCAUAAAUUGCUCUGGAGCUGAUUUUGAGGGUGCUCAGGGAGCUGGAGGGACGGAAGAGGAAGUCUGUUGAACAUAUGGAAUUCCCAUGCACCAGCAGAGCUGCCACAUUGGAUGCAGUCUAAUGUGUUAAAAGCAGGAAAAUCAAUAGCAGCAAGAAGCAGCAAGAAGGCUCUUCACGUGGUACCAAAACAAAUUUGGAGUAGGUGCUGGGAAGGGAAUCCCACAACUGAGGCACCACAAUUGAGAAGGACCAUUCUCUGGUAAAGAGAGGACAUCUGAAGAUUUCAGUAUUCAGACCGUCAAAGAGCAAAUGCAAGGAACGGGCUACGUUUUACAGUCCAGUGAGCUGCAUAAUCUUUGCCUCUUGCAGGACAUCACUCCCAGCAGCCCAAUCUUGCUUUCUCAAAUGUAACUCCCAUUGACUUCACUCUUGAAGUGAAUAAAUGUGUUUAGGCUUGCAGCCUAAACCUCGACAGCUAAGUCAGUGCCUUGCACUUUGCUAUGCAGUUUCUAGUUCUAGAUUAUUACUUCGUGUUAUCCCAAAUUCUUGGAGCUGUGGCAGAUAUUAAGAGUGAGGCUGUGGGAGAUUGGGAGGCAGUUGCCAGAGGUACACAGUCAUCCUAUUCAAGUGUUCAGUCUCCUUAUAAGACUGAGGAAACGUGAGGAAAAGCAGGAUGUGCUGUCACGUCCCGCACCCCCUCUGGCGUGUCAUUGCUACCCAGGUUAGAAUCCUUCAUGCAUUUGAGGGGGAAGAUCUGAUGUGCGGAGCUGCCUCUUAUUCUUGGAGGCUCCCUGUGUGAUGAUUUAGAAGGUGGCUUCCCACUUCAGACCUUUUCCCUCAAACUUGUGGAGGGCUUUAAACUGUACCCCCGCUUCUCUCAUCUUUUCCUUACUUGUGAGGAGAUUGAACACCUGAAUAGGGCCUGUAUAUGAAAUAUAAAUGUCUAAUAAGUCUGACGUUUCCUCUGCACAAGCUAUUUUGAGGUAAUAUCUACCAUGGGAAGUGUAAUUUUACAAAAUAAUUUACAGUAGGGAGACAGCUGUGUGUGUGUGUGUGUCUUGUGAGUGGACUUAAGAAGGCCUGUGUGAUUGCCUGUAGAAAGACACAAAUCUGUCUUAAAAGCUACUAAAAACACUCUAAGGAAUGUUGAAUAUUGUUUAAAGUAUUUUUUAAUACUUUUCAGGGCAUGCUGCCUUUGCAAGGCAUCUUACAAGACACAUGAAACACAAUUACAAAGCCACACACAGAUUCAAAGCAGCAGCAGCUAAAAAAAUUCUUUACCAAGUGCGGUAUAGCACAAUUUUUUUUAUUUUUUUUAAUAAUAUUUUUAUUGAUUUCCACAAAAACAACAAAAUCAUUACAUUAAAGAGAAAAACAUAAAAUAAAACAUUUAUAACAACUGUAUACACAAUCAAUAUUAAAUCCACAUUGUGGGAUUACCUGAAUCCCUCGACUUCCCUCUACUCCUUGCCUUGGUUCCUUUGUAUUAUCUUCAUUCAUGCAUGUCAAUAAAAUCUUUAUCUCUAAUUACCUCCAAAUUUAAACAUUAUCUAUCACAUUACAAGUGUUUUUUUAAAAAUUCUGCUAAUGUAUUAACUUGCAUGGUAUAGCACAAUUCAGCCAAGCACAGGCUUAAAGAAAUGCAUCUUUUGAAGAUUUUUAAAGGCUAUUGGGAAUGAAGCUCCAAAAAUAUGAGGUGAGCUGGGGGAAAGUGCACCUCACAUAUCCACUUGCCUAACAACUCUCACUGAUAGGUCAGGGAGCAGGAGAGCCUGAGGGGCCUGGGGAGGGAGCUGCUGGGUUAUAUAUAUAUAUAUAUAUAUAUAUAUAUAUAUAUAUAUAUAUAUAACCCAAUAUAUAAUAAUAUAUAUUAUAUAUAUAAUAUAUAUAUUAUAUAUAUAUAUAUAUAUAUAUAUAUAUAUAUAUUACACACACACACAUAUACAUACACAUACAUAGAUAUAUACAUAUACAUAUACAUAUACAUACAUAUAUACAUAUAUAUAUAUAUAUAUAUAUAUAUAUAUAUAUGAUGUUGUUGUUGUUUAGUCGUUUAGUCAUUUCCAACUCUUCGUGACCCCAUGGACCAGAGCACGCCAGGCACUUCUGUCUUCCACUGCCUCCCUCAGUUUGGUCAAACUCAUGCUGGUAGCUUCAAGAACACUAUCCAACCAUCUCGUCCUCUGUCAUCCCCUUCUCCUUGUGCUCUCAAUCUUUCCCAACAUCAGGGUCUUUUCCAGGGAGUCUUCUCUUCUCAUGAGGUGGCCAAAGUAUUGGAGCCUCAGCUUCACGAUCUGUCCUUCCAGUGAGCACUCAAGGCUGAUUUCCUUAAGAAUGGAUAGGUUUGAUCUUCUUGCAGUCCAUGGGACUCUCAAGAGUCUCCUCCAGCACCAUAAUUCAAAAGCGUCUGUCAGGGGUUCAGGGAGAGAGGCACAGGGUAGGCAGGAGAUGGAGAGCGAUGGGGAUGAAUUCCAAGCCAGCGAGGAAGAGGAUGACAAUGACUCAAGAGAUUCCAUGAGUCUUUCCAGCGAAUCAGAGGAUUCCCAGAAGGGGCGCCGGUGGUUAAGGCCAGGGAGCCCCAGGGGGGACGUGUCAGGAGCAGGGGGCCAGCGGAGGAUCCCAAAGUGGCAGCUGGGCGUCAGGACCAGCCUCCCCACCAGAGUGCAGCGAAGGGGGUGGAGUUUCCAGUGUGUCAGAGGAAGCAGCUCCGGGAGCAGAGAAAGGAGGGGGGUCAGAGCAAGCCGCCCUCCCGGAAGGGGAAGGGAGCAGUGAAGGGAGUAGUGUAACUGUCAAAAGGAAAGUUAGAGGUUUGGCGCGCGCGCCUAGUUCAAAUGUAGAGGCGCGCGGAAGUACAGGGAGCCCGGAGGAGGGGCCAGGUCCCAAAGCCCGCAGGAGGGGGGACGAGCAGUCUGGGGAUUCAGCGUCAGAGGAAUCCAGGAGGGGCGAAACCCCAGCGGGCAGAAGGACCCUGCGGAAAAGGAAGGAGAGAAAGAGGUGGAGCAGCGCAAGCCUCUUAAAUUGGUGCAGGGGAGGGACGGAUUCAGAGGGGACUUCAGCGGUCUAAGCGUAAGAGACGUAAGGCUGCGCGCCUAGGAUGUCAAGCAAACAAUGAACUGCAAUAAACACCUUUGUAUAUAAGAAGACAUAGGCGUUGGUCUUUUGUGAGCUGAGACUUGAGGCAGCUUUGACAGCGUCAUAUAUAUAUAUUUAUAUAUUUCCCGCCCAUCUGACUGGGCAGCUCCCAACAAAAUGUUAAAAAUACAAUAAAGCAUCAAAUAUUAAAAACUUCCCUAAACAAGAUCCAAAGGGUACAGUCUUUUAAGAGCUCCCAUGUGUAUAAAUGGCAAAUUCUGCCUUGAAAACUACACCUAAGUGGGGUUGGAUCCUUUUCUGAUUCGUGCGUAUGUAUUUUUUUUCUGGCACAGUUCACUUUUUAUACAUAUGGUGCCAGAGAACAGCAUGUAACAUGGAACAGAACUGAGUGUAAAUAUUUGUUUGGAGGGUGAGUGUGCUGGGCAGCUGGGAACAUUUUAGACAAGGUCACACGCUUGGUCUGUAAACAGUGCUUGGACUUCAAGCAGAGCUAUAAAAAAAAAGUUGAUCGCUUUAAAAAGGCCUUGUUUCAGGAAGCAUGUGGCUUGUAAAUGAUUUUUAGGAACGACUUGCUACAUCUGAAAUGAAUGAGGGCUAAUAGCUUUCUUGGGUGAAAUGUAAAGUGUUAGCAUUAGCUUUGUGCUACAGAUGUCGAAAUUUAUUUUUAGCCCUCUGCACUGCCACCCACCCACCACUACAGCUGUUUAUCUUGACUCAUGCUUUUCUUGAAAGACAGGCAGUGCAAACGCAAAGGAUCUCUGCUUGAGGCAUUUUUGCAGUUCUCUGCUGGUUCAGUGAGCCCUUGGGAACCCGGAAGCAUCCUCUGUGUAGGGCAGAUGAAUUAAGUGCAGUAAAGUAAAGUCAGUGGUGUCUGCCCUCUUUAAUGUGUUCCAGUUGAAGCUAGCAUUCCGUGGCUUCUGUAUUUAAAAGUGAAUACCGUUUACAACUGCUAACAGCAAAUGCAGUGUUUACAAAGAAGCCCAUUUUGUGAGCUUACUUAGAUUUCAUUGAGUCAAUCAAAUAAAGGCAUUGGGAAUACAGAAUUGGAUAGUGCUUUGGAAUGAAGCUGAUCAAUGUCAACCUCUUAAACACUAACCUUUUUUUUUUUUUAAUGCCAGCCCUGUUGUGCUAAUAUGAUUAAGUCCUACAGUGAGCAGUAGGAGAAGAAUGAAUAAACCGUUGAAAAUAGAAGGAACGUUGUCCCAUCGUAGUUCAUGCGACAAAAGGGGCAACUGCAUUUCUGCAGUGACCCAAUCCUUGGCAACUCAUCUGGAGGCCAGAUGAGUCGGAAUGAUAAAAAAUGAAUAGAAAUAUCAGCCAUAACUGAUCUAGAAUACAGGGUUUUUAAAACUUUCUAACAGCAAGCAUCACAAUCAACACUAGUACCAUAAAUUUAAGGUGGUGACUUUAAAAUGCAGACCUCUGUUGGUCAUAUUCUCUACCAUUCUAAUGUUUCUCCUAAUACGUGUGCCGUAAGUUUUUCUUUUUGUUGUUGUUGGCAAUGUGUACAUGAAUUUGGUUUUGGUUAUUGUAGGUACUUCUCCCGGCAGCUAGUUUGUUGCAGUUGCAGGAUGUAAAGAAGAGCUGCUGUGAUUUUCUGGAAACCCAGCUUCAUCCUGUGAACUGUUUAGGCUUUCGCGCUUUUGCUGACAUGCAUGCAUGCACAGAUCUUCUGAACAAGGCCAACACUUAUGCAGGCAAGUGCAACACCAAUUCUAAAAAAACAGACUUGGCUGGAUUGUGGUUUUGUUUCUAACGCUGUCUAAUGUGGCAGCCUUUUAACAUUGCUCGCACAAGAGGGAAUUUGAGCUACAUUGUUGGGGAAUGUGAAAGUCUUAGAACUGACUGCCUUGACUUUUUGCACAUGCAAGAAAAAAAAAUCACGAAGCAGCUAGGAAACGAGUGGAUUUUAAAACCAGAAAUUAAAACCACAUUAAAAUUUUAGGCACCAGUAUAAAAAAAUGAGUCUAUGCAGCCCAAGCCUUCUAGGGCUUUCUAGCCUUAUCCAAAAAAAUUCUUCCAGAUGCUCUGUAGCCAAGCCCCAAUGCUAUAGGGAACCUUUUUGGCUCCAUGAGCCCCUAUCUCCUUAUCAUGAUAGGCUUUGCAGGUCAAGUUUGACCUCACAGUCGUUUUGACACAAGGUGCUUUGAAGACCCAAAGUGUUGCCCCCCCUCCUUUUUAGCAACUCUCUUCCUGACAAUAGGGGUGUGUGGUAAAUGCAUAACCUCAACCAUCAUUCAUUAGAUGAUGUCCCAAGUCAUUCUAGCUGAUGGGUAGGUGAAUGAGGCUUGGGAGGGACAUGGCCUUGCAGGGCAAUUUGGAUACCCUAGCAGAGUAAGAUUGGCCCAUGGGUGAGAGGGUCGCCACCAUAGCCUAAGGUGAGGAGCAGUCUCAGUGGGCUUCUUCCUGUGACCUAUAUAGCCUGUGUACACUUGCAUACAGCAGUAUCUUGGGUAAAGGGCUGGAAGCUGGGGUAAGGUCUCUCUUACUGCAACUCUGCUCCUCAGCAUUUUACCCAAACAGUUGUUCUAGCAUUUGGGGGCAGCAGAUCAAUGGCAGAGCUGAAGUUUGAGGACGUGAGAGAAGAUUCCUUAUCUUUAGUCAAGUCAGGUUUUAAGGCAGCGCAAAUGAGUAGUUGAUCUCUGAACUGCUUGACGGGCUCUGCUACUUGUUUGGAUCUGAGGCAAUGGCUUGGCUGAACUGCUGAUACAAGGUAGCAAGGAGGGAAAGAUCUCCUUUUCCUUUAGGGCUCUCCAGCUCUCUGGGUACCCCUCCUUCCUGUAGGUAACCCCCCAAGAAGCCAUAGGAAAGCUGUCUGGGUCCUCUGAGCAGCUUAGAACAUUCAAACAAGAUUGGAGGCAUAGCUGAGAAUUAGCGGAUGUGCUUUGUAUACAUAAACAUCUCAAAUUCAAUUCCUGGCUGCUGCCAAUGAUUAUAGACCAGGGUUGGAGAACACAUGGCUCUCCAGAUGUUGCUAGGUUACAGUUGCCACAAUCCCUGCUCAUUAUUGGUAGGGGAUGAAGCCCAUGUAUAUCUCAGUGGCCACAGGUGGUUCCCCAUCUUGGUCUUUGGGGAAGGCUUCUCCCUUCAUCUCAACAGCACACAUUUUUCUUUUCCUCCGCUCAGCUGUAAGGCUUAUAUAAUUUAUAUAAUUUCAGAACAUAUUAUUCGAAAUAAUUCAUUUAUCUGUUCCUCUUUCGUGACAAAAGGAGAUGCCUCAAAGAGUUAACAAGAUUUCCUAGGCAACGAAUUACAUUCUAAACAGACGGCUGAUCAUAACAGUGCUGCUUCAGAUUCCUUAUUUUUCCUAUUUUUCUCAUUUCUGAGAACCUGAGUGUGAGAGAGCAUAGAUGUUACGAAAGGGGCAACUUGCCAAUCACCUAGGCUGAAUUGCUGCAGAAUCUGUUGAGAACGCAGCUACUGUGUUUGAAUAGCACAUUAAUCAGAUUGGGUCCCUUUAAACUGUUGAAUGACCGUGUGGCAAGUGGGGCCUUCAACAUAAGUUUGGCAGUGCUCCUGUUUAGUAUGUCAUUCAGCCAGCCAGGACCCCCUUCUAGAUUACUCUAUUCCCCUUCCAUCUGGUUUCCUUCUCAGGGUUCAAUGGCAGCAAGGCCAAGGAAAAGGGCCUGUCACCACCACCUACUGGCAAUACUGCAAUCACAUUUCAGUUGCAGCCUUUCGUAGAACCUCUUGCUCUUCACAAACUGUCCAACGCCAAACCCCAGAGAGUCUUACCCUGGAGGGCAGCCCCCAUAGGCAGAUUUACAGCAUCCAAAUCAUGAAGCCUACAAAAGAGAGGCCCUCUGUCUUCUGUAUACCACAAACCACCCCAAAGAACUUGAUCAGCCAUUUCCUCCACCUCCCAACAUUCUGUCUCAUUCCUCCCAGCCUUGAACAAGCCACCCUGGAGGUGCACAAUGCCCUGUUGUACUAACUUGCCUCUGCCACCCUUUCAACUUAAAAAGCAAAAAUCCUCCAAUGAUGGACAGAAGGAAAAUACCUCCCCUAGCCAAAGAGCCCAACUCCUGCUGCGCUGCCUUGGCCAUUCAGGGACCAGAGUCCAUUUAAACCAACUUUUAAUUUAUGAGCAAGGCAAAAGUCUUCCUCCCCAAACAGUCAGCAUUCUUUGUCCACUGAACAUACUCAGUACUCAUUGGGCUGUUUCUCCCCUUUGGGUAUUUUUAGCAGAACUUCUGUACGUCUGCAAAGCUCAGGGCUCUGCCAAGCCUGCUUCUUCCCCUUUGGUGUGUGCCGUUAUGGCUACAGCUCUAUCCACCCAUUCACCUGAAUAUCAAAUAAUAUCCCAAAUGCUGUAAUGGUAUUGUGGUGAGUUAUUGUAUUAGAAUGCUUCAUAUAUGUGCAUUUACUAUAUAUGAACUAUGUGCUUUCCUCAUUUUGCCAUUGUGUGCCCCAGCAAGUAGUCACUGCAGUGGAAACCACUUGCUUCUAUAGAGUCAGUACCUCUUAACUUGCAUCGCACGGGUGUGUGCGUGUGCAUUGAAAGAUAUUUUUCCCCUCUCUAAACAGAGCAGCACUUUACUGAAGUUGUACUUUGUGAGGAAUUUCUGAACCUCGAUGUAGAGCAGGUGUGCAGCUUAAUAUCCAGUGACAAACUUACAAUAGCGUCCGAGGAAAAGGUAAGGUCCCUUUCUCCCAGUUUGAAAGCUGCUUUGAAGAAUCUUAAGGUCUAAUCAGAUACGAUGGAACCUUCAUUCAUGUGCCGCAUCUACAACAACCUAUCUCACAGGGUUAUUGUGAGGGUGAAAUGGGGAGGAGAACCAUGUACGCCACCUUGAGAUCUUUGAAAGAUAAAGGUGGUAUAUAAAUUUCAAUAAUAGCAAUAAUACAUUUUAUUGGAUAAGAAGUCUUCAGAUGAUGAUAACUGGAAAACACCUGCCCCUGGAAAGACAUUUACGUAGGCAUUAGGUGAACCUCCCAGGAGUGCAGGAACUACAAAAGCAAGUUGUUAUAAUAGAAAACGGCGUUUCCUUAACCACAGAUGGUAGCUGCACCCAGAGAAGGGUUUCCUAAAAUGAGGGUGGGGAGGGGAAAAACCCAAAAACCUAGUGCCUGGGCUGUUUCAUAUGGAAGCAGACAGGCCUUCAGGUAACAAAGUUCAAAGUUGAGUAGGUAGGGCUUCAAAUUAUAUGCUUAUGUGCCAGCACUUUGGAAAUGGACCAGUAGCAGGUUUGGGGCCAUCUUGAAAGGUUGCCCUAUGCGCAAUGCAUUAUAGUUGGCCAACUUCAAGGCUUUCCUUGAAGUACAGCUAAAGCAUCCUACCUAAAAAUGAGUAUUAUACAGUGAUAGCACAGAUAUUGGAAUACACAUAGGCCUACAAAGCAAGAUCAUAUGAUACUGAAUGUGGGCCGAGAUGUAGGUUAAGUAGAGCAUGUGCUGAGUUUUGGCAUAUGGAGAAGCUGUUCUGAUUGUUUUGUUUCUGCCACAUGCCCAUGUCCUGUGUGGGUUUCUUCCCUCGGUGAGGGCUGACACGCUACUGCAGCAUCACUGUCCAACUCUCUGAGUCUUGGCAGUGGCGCAGUGCUGUCAGCCCACAUCUCGGCCUGCUUUUAGAGCUGCAUGACUCUUAUCCUUUAAUUAAAUCCUCAGCAGAUCUUUUGGUACCCUAGCUGCAAACUGAACUGAACUUCUAUUAAGCAUCCUCAUAGACUGCAGAUAUAUUUAGCACAGUAUGGGAAUUUUAUAGAUAAUCCUUCUAACUCAAGUGGUAAGCGCUGACAAGAUUUGUAACCGGAGACCGCUAAAAAACAACAACACCAAGUUGUUGGCAUCCUUGGGGGAAUUCUCUUCUUCCGCACACAUGCCCUAUGCCCACCCCCCGAACAACUCGCAGGGAGAGCAGAGGAUUAAUCAUUUCACCUGACAAGGAGAAAUGCCUGUGCCGAUGAAAGGAUCAGCUUAGCACGAUGCUGAAUUCCACUCCGGCGGCUUGUGAAAACACAAACAUUUUAAUCGAAAAGCUGAACCUCAGUAAGGGCUGGAUCCAGACACAUCAAAGAAGCGUUUCAGUGAAACGCGUUGUAAACUUUAUAUGAGAAAUCGGGUUGGCAAAAACGGAACUCCAAAGCGCCGUCAGGUGUCACAGUGUUAUAAUGCAUAUACAGUGGUACCUCAGGUUACAAACACUUCGGGUUACAGACUCUGCUAACCCGGAAGUAGUACCUUGGGUUAAGAACUUUACCUCAGGAUGAGAACAGAAAUCGUGCGGCGGCAGCGGGAGGCCCCAUUAGUGAAAGCGCACCUCAGGUUAAGAAUGGUUUCAGGUUAAGAAGGGACCUCUGGAACGAAUUAAGUUCGUAACCAGAGGUACCACUGUACAACGCAUACGAAGCUCUUUUUCUUUGCCAAUGUAGCUGUGUCCAAGGACUGAGGAUCCUCAGUAGCCACAGUAUUCCUUUAGGGAGGUGAGAAUAUACUCCAUCCACCUGAUGGCUUAUGAGAAGCUGAAGGUGAUUGGGGAAGAGACGACAGAGGAGAGCAGCCACUUUCAAAAGGAGCAAGAUGCUUGGGGUGAGAGAGGGAAGCAGCUUGGGCUUGGUACCCCUUUUUAACCAUUUAGAGAGUGAGAAGGCUACUGACAUCUUUAAAAGGAUAGGACCUGCUGAGGAUAACUCACAGAGUAUGGGCGGGAGCUGUGGCUCCUUUCCUGUGCUACUGACCCCUGUUGGAAGGGUCUCUGUUUUCCAUUCUCAAUUACAGCACUCGCAGAGAAGGGCUUCUUAAGAGAGAAUAAUAUGUGAAUCUGCCCUGUUGCCCCACCCCCCAAAAAAUGUUCAAAACUCAUAGUGUGUCCUUUUGUUACUCAAGGUGUUUGAAGCGGUGAUCGCAUGGGUCAACCACGACAAAGAUGUGCGACAAGAGCUCAUGGCACGCCUGAUGGAACAUGUCCGCCUGCCAUUGCUCUCCCGAGAGUAUUUGGUUCAGGUAAGUAAAAAGUAAGCAUUUAAUGUGCACGCCCUCUCUCUUAUUCUGUACAACCUUAAGCGUACAGACUUAGCCAUGAGAACAGAAUAUUUACCAUUAAGGAGACAGAAUCGCUUAACUACAGGUAGCACUUCUUGUAAGGUUCUACCAAUCUGCUCAAUGUUCUGAUCUUGGUAGUUACAACCGGGUCUUUUUUUUAAUCUUGUUUGUGUCGUGCUUUUUGGCGAGUGUGUAACUUUUGAAAAUAUUUAAUAGUGGAAAGGGUAAGGCUCCGUUAAUUUGGAGGAAUCACUUCAUCAACCUAACUAGCAAAAAAAAAAAACCAACCCAAAAAACCUACACCUAAAUUUGAAGUGACCUGCCUUAAAUGGUUUAUCGCUAAGAAUCUGAAUCUGCAGCUAUACUAGAACAGUUGCGUACUGGUUUAUGUUUUCCUUGAUAUUCUGUCAAAGGGGAAUUAAUAUUUGCUGUUGCCCUAGGAAUGUAGGAAACCAGCUUAAAUGAAGUCACUUUGGUCCAGCUGGCAGGGCUCUCCAGAGUUUAAUAAGGGACAAUCCCAUCUUUACCUGGAGGUGCCAGGGAGUGAGUUUUGAACCUGCAUGACAUGCAGAAGGAAGUUGGCAAUAGUCACCUCAUUUUUCCUUGAGCCCAUUUGUUUUCAUUUGUUUGAAUAAGUUACCUUGAUCUUGUUCAGAAAAGUACUGAAAUGUCUUUGCAUAGGACAGAAUUCCAAAGCACACAUAACAAGUGAUACUCAAAUUGCUUUUUUUUUUGUUUUUGCCAGGGUAUACAGCUUCUGUGCUUGUCUCUAUAUUCUGGUUUCUAGCCUGUAGGCAUCCACCCUCUUGAAAUGCCUUUUCUUCAUAGGGUUCCAAAAAUUUUGGAAGCACCGUGCUUACAUCUCUUAUUGAACAGAUCCAAAGGGCUUGUAUUUUCUUUUUUAAGAGGGCUGGCAUAGGGGUAAUCUUGAGAUGAACAUGCCAGCAUAUUAGUGUGCACCUGUUGUGUAGUAGUACUUGUUAAGACUUUUGUCCACGUUUAAUGUGCAGAGAGUCGAAGAGGAACCGCUUGUUAAAAACAGCAGUGCGUGUAAGGAUUACCUCAUUGAAGCGAUGAAGUACCAUUUGUUGCCACUUGAGCAAAGGGCUCUGAUGAAGACCACACGAACAAGGCUGCGAACACCAGCCUGCCUUCCAAAAGUAAGACCCGUCACUCUUGGCUACCUGGUUCACCAUUUAGUAUUGUAUUGCAUUAUGGGAAGAGAACGUUCAGCAGAGAUGUAACAGAUGGAUUUAAUUAUGUGACGGUCUUAUUGAAAAUAUAGUGAUUUUGGAGUAAUUUAAGACAGUCAAAUGGGACACAUACACACACACACACACACACACACACACACACCAGUAGGAAGAGGCGCACCACAAUCCAGUAAGUGAAUUUAGACAAUCUAUCUAGAAUGUCUUUCUUUCAUAUUUGUUAGUAGGGUUCUGCUUGUUCAAGAAUAUUGGGGUGCCAUGACGUAACUGGCAAGACUGUCAUGGUGGUUCAGCAGAGAGACUCUUGUUUUGCCUGUCAAGAGCAUCUGCCUUUUUAGUGAGUAGAAUGGAGGUAUUUGGUUCCAUAUGUGUCCCAUGAAUUGUCAAGGUGACCACUUAACAGAAGGAGCAGCGUUAUAGAUUAUAGCAAGACUCUUCUCUCCUCCCCCCCCAAAAAAAACCCUGGUGGCAGCAAAGUUAGACAGUAGGAGUAGGACUAUAUCUCCUCCUUAUUGAUCCCUGUGUACUUUGGUGGUGGAACUCUUUCUCCUGACAAUCGCCUUGGCAGAAGUAGUCUCCAAAAGAAAAGGGGAAUACAGGAAGUUCAAAGAUGCUAUUCUGAUACAUGAUGGGUAUGCGUAAGUGAAUAGUUCCUAAGUUUAUUGCUCUAGCCAAAGAGCAUGACAAACUACUCUGAGACACGGAAUAGCAACUUGUAAGAAAUGAUCAAUUUUCCAUUGUUGUCUCCAUUUAUGUGACUAAGCAACAAGGUUAUUUACGAUGUGUUUCUUCCUUUGAAGCUGAUGGUGGUGGUCGGAGGACAAGCACCCAAAGCUAUCCGCAGUGUGGAGUGUUACGAUUUUAAGGAAGAACGGUGGCACCAAGUUGCUGAGCUGCCUUCUAGAAGAUGCAGAGCAGGUAGCUGCUUAAAUUGAUAGUGUUGCUUACAUAGCUAGGUAACUCCAUGCCAACAACUUCCUUUUAAGAAGGAUGGUUUUUUUAUGUGUGCAGUCUUUAAACAAAAGAGCAUACAUGGUCUGCAGAGACCAAUGCCUGAAAUGUAGAACCUUCUCUUUCAGGAGUGGUAUACAUGAGCGGUCUUGUCUUUGCCGUUGGUGGUUUCAAUGGCUCCUUGAGGGUUCGUACGGUGGAUUCAUAUGAUCCCGUGAAGGACCAAUGGACAAGUGUUGCUAGCAUGCAAGACAGAAGAAGCACUUUGGGGGCUGCUGUAUUAAACGGACUUCUGUAUGCCGUGGGAGGAUUUGAUGGAAGUACAGGUAUAGAGCAUUUCAUUCAUAUUGUACUUUGCAUUCUUACUUUGAGAUGACGGUCUUCUAGAUCAGACCUCACCAAUUUGGCGCUGUUCAGAUGUUUGGCAGUACAAUUCCCAUCAGCCCCAGCAAGUUGUUUUGCACUAUUAAAAUUGUGCUUAUAAAAAUGAAAACACAACACGCAAUAAUUCAUCUGAGUGAGACCAGCACUCUCAAGCUCACGGUCAUCUCCGUAGCUUAUGAUAGAAAAGAGUUCAUAAGUUCUUAAUUCCUGUUAAUAGUUCAUGGAGAAACGAAUGAAUAAUACCUUCUUUCUUCAUAGCUUUGUGUACUGCUUUGUUACAGGUCUAUCAUCAGUAGAAGCCUAUAAUAUGAAGACUAAUGAAUGGUUUCAUGUAACUCCAAUGAACACAAGGAGAAGUAGUGUUGGUGUAGGUGUAGUUGGAGGUAAGGUCUCCUCUUAAGACUAAAUUGGUUCUGGUGUCCAUGUGACUAAUAGCUGUUCACAAGCUUAACUCCUAAAUACACCAUAUGUUCAUAGCAAGCACUUUGCAAAGCAGACUAGUCUUUUCAGUCUAACUCCAUCUUCAGAUGAAGUAUUUAUUAGACCCAGGAGUGCCCUCUGCUGUGUUCUCUGUGAAUUUUUCCUAACCACCUUAGUACAGUAUUUUUAUCUUUAUUUUAUUAAUUUUUUGCUUUCCUUGUGCCAAGGAGAAAGUGGCAGUGUGCUGCCUGCUAUAUUAAGAAAUAGCUAUAGUAGUCAGAUUUUAUUGGCCAGCUGAGAAUUUAUUUUUAUUUAUUUAUUUACGGCUAUUAGCCCAUAAAGUAUGUACAAACAUAAAAGCACAGAGGCAUAAAGACUAAUAUAUUCGGCACCAGAAGGUGAACACCAUGAUGCAGGGGUGGGUCAUUGAGCAGAGCCAGAUAACAGCUUGGGGCCCGGAGAGCUCCAAGGGACGGAUCCCAGAAAAGGAGAACUGAAGACGAGAUCCGACAUGCACUCUCUUCAAAACUGUCCGAUUAGUUUUUGAUGUUGUUGUUUUUGGUGGUUUUUGUGUGUGAGAUAACUGCAUUCAGGAAUCUCGCCACCUGCAGAGUUACAGAAGGAUCUGUAUCCUGCAAAAGUAGUGCGGCAUGUGACUCAGCAGGCCUGCCAACCAAGCGCAGUAGAGCAGGGCCCAGGAAUUUAGUCCUGGCUAUGCUAUGUAGGGGACAGUUGAACAUUAUAUGUGAGAGAGAAUCAACAGUUUUCCCGUCACACACGCAUAGCGGAGACACCAAACCCUUGGAAAAUCUGUGGCUCAGCAGGUUCGAUGGAAAGACAUUGAACCUUGCACGAAUAAAUGCAUGUCGGUGUGGUACAGAUGAAAGAGAUGACAUGUAUGAUGGAAGGCCAAGUGGUGAGGUUAUUCCGUGAUACCUGGGGAGCAGACACCCUCACCCCGGCGAGGUUGUGUUGAUUUUCAAUGUCUGCUAAUCUCUGCUCAAUAAGUCUUUUGGCUGAGCGUAAGUUCAUCUUUAAGGAGUCCGCUGGGGAAAUUCCGAUGCUCAGAAGUUUGGCAUGGAUUUUUCCUACCCACGGAUUGACAAAGUCGUCCCGCCAGAGGCACUGACAAGGUAAUGGUUGGGAAGCCUGUGCCAGCUGGACAGCCAAUAACCAAAGACUCGCUUCCAGAUGACCGUCUCCAAUGAUGCAAUCAUUAACUCCAGACGUAUGGCUGCGUUGCUCACACACAUGGGGAGUUUCAGGAGGCGACGGAGAAACUGAUUCUGCAAUGUCCCCAACGAUGUUAAAUUGGACCCUGGGGCCCAGAGCGGGGCAGCAUAACAGAGGGUGGAAACCACUUUUGCAUGGUACACCUUCAAUGCAGAAGGGAUGUGGGAGGCUCCGUCGGCCGCAAAAAAUUGGAGUAGAGUAUAAAGUAUUGUUUUCCCUUUGUUUAGUAAAUACUGUAUCUGUGGCUUCCAGCUUAGGUUGUAGUGAAAAAGACUCCCAGGUAUUUAAAUUUGAAAACUUGUUCUAAUUGGACUCCAUCUAACUUCCAGCUGUAAGUUUUCCGAGACCUGGUAAAGACCAGGACUUUAGAUUUCCCAUGAUUAAUUGUCAGAUGGUUGAGUUUGCAAUAAGCCGCAAAAAUCUUUAGAGCUCUGCAUAAACCGACUCUAGAGUAGGAAAGGAUCGCUGCAUCGUCGGCAUAUAAGAGCAGAGGGCAGCGAAAAUCAGCUAGGCGGGGGCAUGAAUGUUGGCUUGAGACUCAUUCAGAAAGAGCUUCAUAUCGCUAAUAAACAAGUUGAAGAGGAGUGGGGCCAAAAUGCAACCUUGGCGCACACCUCUAUUUAUUGGGACCUCGUUGGAUAGGUUUCCCGCCGGUGUGAGUCUCACUCUAGCCGACGACCCAUGGUGUAAUUGGGUUAUAAGCCAUAACAGCCUUCUAUCUAUGCCCCAUCUCUCUAAUUUCUUCCAUAGACAGUUUCUUGGGAUACUGUCGAAGGCGGCCUUUAGGUCUAUGAAAGCGACACAUAGGCGCCCCCGACUCGGGGCAGAAUAUUUUCUGGCAAGAUGAUACAUGAUUACCAUAUGGUCAGUGGUCGAAUAAUUGUUCCUAAAGCCCGCUUGCUCGUGGCCAAUCAAAUUUGAGUCGUUUGCCCAAUUGGACAGCUUGGACAGCAAAAAUUUUGCAUAGAUUUUCCCGAUGAUAGACAAAAGGCUGAUGUUCCGAUAGUUCUCCGGGUCAGCAGGGGGACCCUUUUUAUGGACUGGCACGAUCACGGCCUCCUUCCAUGACCUAGGGAUAAGCCCCGUAGAAUUAAUUGCAUCAAAGACUUUGGCCAGGAUUUCAGCCCACCACCUUGGUUGCGCAACAAUAGCCUCAGCAGGGACUAGAUCCAGCUUUGCCCGUUUUCAGAUCUAAUAUCAAGUCCAUUAUCAGGUCUGGGUCGGUAGAGGGCCACAAAGGUAGAUGGUCGGCUCGGAAUUCAGUGGAUGAGUUGGAUUCCUCUGCCAAGGAGAAAUAUUUGCUCAAGAAUUGUUCCCAUGUGGGCGCAGGGAUAAUCGUCAGUGGGUACUUCCUUCCUCUUUUGUUUAUCAAAGCCCAAAAUUCCUGUGGUCUGCGGGAUCUAGAGGCCGCAAUCAAGGCUCGCCAACGCUUUAGAUACCACUCACGUUUGGCCAGCUUUAAAGUCUGUUUGUAUGCUCUUUUGGCUUGUAAAUAGGAGGAUGGUAGAGCCUGGGCAUUAGAGUUUUUGUAUUCAUUAUAGAUGGAACGAAGAAGGGAUCUUGCUUGUUUGCAAGAGGUAUUAAACCAAGGGGUCCCAGCACUGCAAUGCGCUACUUUCGCCUUUUGAGGAGGUAAUGUAAAAAAGUGGUAAGGUUUGUUGUAAGAAGGUUAAAAAUUUCAAAACCGAAUUGGAAUCUUGUAAAUCAGUAGCUAUUUGAGGUAGAUAGGCAGUGAUUUCCCUAUGGAAAAAUCCUGGUAUUUUUGGGCCACAGCCUCCGACCAUUUGAUCCCACUUAUUUUGGUCGCUGAUGAGGUUUCCAGAGGGACUGAGUGUUUAUAGUCCUUCUGGUACCGGAACAAUGACAAAGUGGUCACUAUUGGGAGGUGAUCACUGAAAUGUUGGUUUUCAACUUGGAAGGAAAGUACAUUGACGGCCAAAUUUGCGGAGAUCAAGAGGUAAUCGAUAACACUGUUAGAUACUGGUCCCAGGUGAGUGAACUCCCCCGGUAUAUCGGGGGGGAAGGUGCCGUUCAAGAAUACUAGAUUCAGGCGAAUGGCCAUUUGGUAAAGGGUCACUCCAGCUUUGUUUACUCUGUUGUCCUUUGAAGUUCUAAUUCUAGCAUGUUCCAAGUCAAAGUUGCCCAAACAUGGGGGAGUCCACCAUUUGGACUUGAUUAGUAGGUCCCAAUUUGUGGCAAUUCGAGCAUUAAAGUCUCCCCCAAUUAAGGAGUACGAGUUAGGGCAUUUGGUGUGACAUGACAAUAGGUGAUUUUCAAAUGAUUCCCAUCUCCAAUCAAGAUCAGGUGCUGAGCCUUCGGGGGGGAGAUAACCAUUAGUAAUUAGUAAUGAGGACUUCCCUUUUGCGAUCAGUCCAGAAAGAGCAAAAGGCGGGGAAGCCCGUACCAGGGUGAAUUUGGCGCGAAGUUGGAGUGAAAUCCCAAUCAAAAGACCCCCUUUGGGGCGACCACCUUUCAAGGAAGGGGAGGCCGGAAGUGUUAGAAGAUCAAAGCCGUCUAUGGUAAUCUCUUCCUCAUCCCAUGUUUCUUGGAAUAGGAUGAUGUUAAAUGAAUUUAUGUACUUCCUGAAUUCGGGGUCUGAUUUUUGGUUCUCCAACCAGCAAUGUUCCAGCUAAGUAUUGAUAAUGUCGGGUCCUUGUGCUGUCCCGGUAAUUGUCACUUUGAGUUGUUUAAUGGGUUCUUGGAGGUAGAGCGAGGACCCAUAAGGAAAUCAGUAAUUUUAGUUUGUGCGGAUAAAGUCUUCUUCUGUGUUGAUUGAAUCCGUGAUUUGGUAACAUUAACAGGCAGGAAGGGCUUUGCCGGGGAGGAAGAAUUAGGCAAAAUUGGUGAGGUCGGAUGAGCCAGCUGAGAAGCUGAAUAGUCCUUUUUAAAAAAAUGACUGCUCAUGUUUUAAAAUAAAAAUAAAAAUCUUGAAUUAAAUGAAUAUGAUUGAAAGAGAAAUGUCUAAAUAAAUAUUUAAAGAGAAAGUAUUUGUUUCUUCUGAAAUGUAUGAAUGAUUUAAACUGAACCACAACCUAUCUGAAGUAGACAGCUCAGAUAAGGCUGCCUUGCUUUCGUUCAGCUUCUUCAAAGUGUGAGUCCAUCAAACCUCACAAAAAAGGACUCGAGUGGAACCUGACAAGUUCUCUUCAAAAUAGACCCUUGUUGAGAAAAGCCCAUUUAGCACAAAGCAUCAAAUGCAAACGUCCACGCUAAAUGGUUUUGCAUUGUUUCAGUUACACAGAGCACAAACCUUAACUAUUUUAUGUGGAAGCUUUCUCAUUCAGAUCAGUCACCCAUUUUAACACAAAGGCUUCUAGGUUUAAUCCUCUAUGAAAUGCACAUCAUACAAAUCUAAUGCAGCCUUCUCCAACCUUGUGCCCACCAGAUAUUUUUGGGCUCUUUACUUCUAUCACCGAGCAUGAUCAGUGGUCAGGAAAGACAAGAGUUGUGGUCCAAAGCACUUGGGCAACACCAGGUUCGGGAAGGUUGACCUAUCAUCUACUGGUGUACCUGUAUAUGCAGAAUUUGUUAAUCCUCUUUCCAGGUAUGCUGUAUGCCGUCGGUGGCUAUGAUGGUGCAUCACGUCAGUGCCUUAGUACAGUGGAGUGUUAUAACUACAGUUCAAAUGAAUGGAGCUAUGUUGCAGAGAUGGGCACUAGACGUAGCGGAGCAGGUGAGUAAACAAACUUAAAUGAGAACGCUAUGUGUCAAAUGGAAAAAAAUGCAAGGAAUCCCAAAGUUUUUUGGGUUUUUUUUUUAAAUAGUCAUGGCAGGUACACAUAUCUUCAAAAUCCAAAUAGCUGCCUUACUGUUGCUUGAACUUGUUCCUGCACCUCCCCCACACUUAUUGCUAUGUAUGGGACAUAAUUCCUGAACCAGGAAAUAAUUGCAUUUAUUGGAAUAUGAGAUGUCUCUCUGAUCAGAUUUUAGCUUGAAUUGCAGGAUUGAAGAGGGUCAUCUCACCAUUCAUGCUUUACCAUUCUCAAGGUGGGGUGACGGGUAGGUGUACAUUCCAAAGAUCAAUUGCUAUCAGUUUCUUUGGAAGGAACUGACAUUGUGAGUUGCAAUCAGGAAGUGUUCUCAAGAUAAUCUUUCUUUGUAGCUAAUUUUUAAAUUGCUGGUUUAACGCCCCCAUUUAUUUGUUUUUCAGAGGUUUUUGGUAUGAUCUAACAGCUACUCACUGAAAAAUCUGGCUUUGGUUGUUUUGUUUUUUGUUUUUUGAAUCCCUAUUUAAGUAUUUAUGUUGGAAGCUCCCAGCAGCAAACUCUUAAAUGCCAGUGGCUUUGAAAAAGCAAUUUCUGGUUCAGCAUGACUUGAGAAAACAUAAUUUUGUUUGCAUACGUCUGGAUUACACCCAUUCAGUACUUGGUGUCCAGUUCAAUUUGCACCACUGGGCACUGUGGUGGAGUAGAUAAGGGCCGGUAUGCUGAGCUUGAAUCCUUGGAAGAUGGGUUGGUAUUUCCUGUGUUCUGAAGAUUGACCAGUUCUGUGUGGGGUUGCACUCCCUCUGAAAGAAUAGGUUCAGAGCUUGGGGGGUGGAGUGCUCCCAGAUCCAUCUUUGUUGCUGGAAGCAACAAAGCCUCAGUGGCUAGGAGUGUCUUUUGCCAGCUACAGUUAGUCCUCCAACUAUGGCCGUUCUUGGACCUGGAUAAUAAUGGCAAUGAUGAUGAUGAUGAUUGGUUAAAUUUGUAUUGAGAUUCAUGUACUGAUACCUUCAAAACUCAAUUAUUGCAAUGCACUCAUCCCUUGAGCAGAGGCUGCAGCUGAUGCAGAAUGCUGUGGCUAGACAGUCAAUAGGGUUGGACUAUCGGCAGCACAUAAACCCGGUGUUCAAGCUUGCAUUGGCCGCCUAUAUGCUACUGGACCAGGUUCAGGGUUCUUGUAUUAAUUUAUAAGGCCCUUAACAACGUGGAUCCAGGUACAUAAUGGGCCACCUGAUCCAUUAUAUCCCUGCUCAGUCACUGAGGUCUUCAAGGGAGUCACUGUUAAUGGUCCCCCAUGGCUUGGAUGCACGACUCUUAUUACCAAGGAGCCAUGCAUUCAGUAUAGUGGGCCCAGUUUUAUUGAACUCUUUUCCAGAUCAGACAGGAACCCCACUCCCUGUUAAGCUUUCAGUGCCUACUGAAGACAUUGUUUUAUUCCUGCAGACUUUUAAGCUGAAUUCUGGUUUUAUAGUUUUGACUCACUUUUAGUCUUACUGCUUUGUGUUUCCUGUAUGCCACUGAGAGAUUGCUGCAACUAAGUGAUAUACAAAUUGAAAAGGGGGGAAAUGGGGUGGGAAGGAGAAAGUAAUGAUUGGAGGAGCUGCUUCUCCUCCUCUGGCAGAUGGAUGGGGCUAGAUUGCUCUCCCAUGAUGCUCUUUCCGAGAGGUAGAGAGUGCUUCUCCCAGGGGCCAUUGGUUUCCUGACUGGUGGCGAAGGAAGGCAAGGAUGUGCCUCACUUCAACUCUGCAGUUUGUUUGCUAGUAUAGUGCUUACGCUGCCCUUUUAUUCUUGCAUGUUAUGUUUUUUAUAGCUUAUAGCUUAUAGAAUCUGUUGCAGGACCCCACAGUAUUUCCUUCCUGUGAGCUGCAUCAAGGUUUGCAAGACCAAGAACUAGCAUAGCAUAUUGGCUAAAGGUGCAAUCCUAUGCACACUUGUCUAGGUGUAAUUUAGCAUAGGAUUGCACUGGACAAAGGAUUGCACUGUAAGAGAGUCAGCUGUGGACCAGUAUUUCAUUAGUUUAAAGUUUGCCCCUUUGAUGAACUCAAUAGAACCUUCAACAAAGCCACACACAGCUCCAGCAAACCAUGUAAUAUUGGGAUAAACAAACUGACCUAAAGGUGGCUGUAAGAGUUGCUGGGGAAAAGUGUGAAGACAUUUUUCAAAACUCUCAAGCUCUAGGUACAUACAAAGUGUGUGUUCGUGUUCUGUGAAUGUGUUGGUGCCUGUGAACGUAUAAUAUAAUACAGUAUUUAUGUGACUUUCAUUGCAUCUGAAUUUUUUUGAUUCCCACCUCCCACCCCUUGGUACUUUGUUGGUACUUGCUAAAACCCCAGAAGUGGGGAUUUAUGCUUUUUCUUAAUGUUAACUCGUUUUGCUUUUCCCCCCUCCUUUCAGGUGUUGGUGUCUUAAACAACUUAUUGUAUGCAGUAGGUGGCCAUGAUGGUCCUUUAGUCAGAAAAAGUGUUGAGGUGUAUGAUCCCACCAUCAAUACAUGGAAACAGGUUGCAGAUAUGAACAUGUGUAGGAGAAAUGCAGGUAAAUAUUACAGCCUUCAAAGAACUUUUAAUAUAGCAUUGAAAAUAGAAAUGACACUCGCUUGGGCUUUAAUUGCUUCCACAUCUGCCCCCUAGGUUAUUUAUCUAAUGAGGACCUUGCUUUGAGUAAUGAGAAAUCUAACAUAAUUCAGUAUAUGACACUAACACAGCCACUUUCACCAUAGAACUAAAUAACAACAGACAAAAAUUAUGGCAGUUUUGAAUUUUGAUAAACCACUAGCCUCAAAUGCUACAUUGGGGGAAUACAUGGUUGUCCAUCAUAUCAAAUAAAUAAUUGUGCACUUAGCUUGUCACUUAGAAAGGCCUUAAUGCUUCUUUUUUACAACCUCCUGGCACCAAAUGUGGCCUGGUGAGCUAAGAAACCAGGCGCUGACACUAUUUUUCUGCUUUGUAUUAGGGGUUUGUGCUGUCAAUGGGCUUUUAUAUGUAGUUGGAGGAGACGAUGGUUCCUGUAACUUGGCAACAGUGGAAUAUUAUAACCCUACAACAGAUAAGUGGACGGUGGUAUCGUCAUGUAUGAGUACAGGAAGAAGCUAUGCAGGUAAUAAAGAAUAAGUUAAAAAGGAGGAGUCUUCUCCCUUUUUCUGGAGGUUAAUGAAGGGGCAGGUGGACUGCAUUAUGCUCCCUCUGUGAGCGUGUAUUAUGUGAAUGGGUCUAGAAGCUCUUGGAGGAUGGAUGGGAUAUAAAUGGAGUUAAACACAGAUAGCAUCUGUAUGCGGUGAAAACCAAGCUCUCAUCUUUAUAUUUGCUCAUUUAAAAUAUGUAUAUGCAGGGGCGAACGAAGGCGUUGUGACACCCGGGGCGGGGCAUCGCUACGUAGGGCGCAUGUGCAGUGUCGCUACAUAUAAUGCAUGUGCCAUACGUAGCAACGCCGCAUGUGCACUGUACAUAGCGGUUUGCCGGUGCUCCAGCGCUAUACGGACAGUGCCGGGAUCCCCUGCUCGCAGCUGCAGCCUCGAACGGAGGAUCCUUUACAUGCAGCUGUAGUGGCGAUGGAGGGAUCCCACCGCCAUCUGUAAGGCGCUUGAGUGGCGCCGGCGGAAACCGCUAUGUACAGUGCAUGUGUGGGGUCAUUGCGUAAAGCGCAUGCGUGCGACACUGCACACACGCUGUACAUAGCAGUUUGCCACUGGCGCCGGGAUCCUCUACUCAUGGCUCCAGCUGCGAAUGGAGGAUCCUCCACAUGCGGCUACAGCGGGUUGCCUUCUUGUCACCCCCCCAGACAUGGCACCUGGGGUGCACCGCACCACCCCCCACACCCCCAUUGCGACGCCACUGUGUAUAUGUCACCUUUUUAAGAGUCAAAGCUUUCUGAGGGCGGCGUCCAUAAAAAACAACAUGUAAGACAAUUUCAUCACAGAUAAAAUGUGAAUAAACCAGAAAUAAUGAAACAAAAUCCAUACAAAGAGCAUUAGUUAUAGAUGCUUUUGAACACCUAUAGAAAUCCACUGGGAGAUGUAUUAAGGCGAUGUUGAGUUAGUUGGCAACCAGAUCUAUCUCUCUGUUGCCUCUGACUCAGGAUAAGCAGUUCAGGUGCUUGUCAGUUGUAUGGAGAUGGUAGUAGUCUGGAUGGGGAGUACUAAACUGAAACUUAAUCCAGGCAAAAUUCAGGUGCUGCAGGUUCUCAAGUGUAGAAUAUAGGGAGAUAGUCAGUUCUGAAAGGUGUUGCAUUCCCCUGGAAGGAAAAUGUGCAUUUGGGGGGGCAGGACUCCUUGAUCCAUCACUGUCACUUGAGACACAGUUCGCUUCAAUGGCUAGGAAUACCUAUUUCCAGUUCUGGCUGGUUCGCCAGCUACAGUCCCACUUGGAAGGGGAUUCUUUGGCCAAAGCAAUGUAUGCUUUGAUAACUUCCGGGUUAGACUAGCAAUAUGUUCUUUGUGGGGCUGCCCUUGAAGACUGUUUAGAUGAUGCAGUUAAUGUAGAAUGCAGCAGCAAGGCUACUGUUGAGUGUCUAGCCUGACAUGUAUUAUGCUGGCUUUGAAAGAUCUGCACUGGUUUCCAAUUUGCUAAAGGCUUAAAUGACCUGGGCUACCUGAAGGAGCACUUCCUACCACAUCAGCUUGCCUAAGUGUUGCGAUCAGUGUGGGAAGUCAUUUUGGCAGUGCAGGCAAAAUAUGGUUUGAGGGGCGGGGAGACAGGGGAGACUUUCUCUGUGGUGGCUUCCAGGUUGUCGAAUGACUUCCUCUCUGAGUUAGUUCACACACCUCUUCACCCAGGUCUUUAGUUGACUAGAUGCAAGGCUUUGUUUCAGCUGGAACUCACCGGAACUCAAGUCCAGCACCUCUCAGGUGGGCGCUAUUGCCAUUCUAAGAGAAGGAGGGAGGUGGUCAUGGUGAGUUCCGGCACCUAUUUUUCUAGAAAAUCACACCGAGUAGAUGUCUUCCCUUCUACUUUGCUAUGAUCUGAUGUUCUGUGCUGUUGUUGUUUUUUGGUUGUUGUUGGGGGGUUUUUUUUGGCAACUUUGCCAUUGGUGGUUUUCUGAUGCUAUUUUACAGUUUUAAUGUAAAUUGUACUCUUUAUUUGGUGAAUGAAGCUCAAUAAAUACAGAUAGCAAAUAAGCAGACAUCCAGCCUAGAACUAAAACAUAAUUAUAGCCCAAGACCCACUACAGCAAAAAGCACAGCAAAUAAAGCCCCCUUCAGGGAAAACAUUUUCGUUUCACGGGGAAAUAUGUAUGUGAAGCAGAACUCCAUAACUCCACUCUAGGAUCAGUCCUGCUUUCUAGCCACAGAAUCCGGUCACAUCUUUAUUUUUACACAGCUGUUUUAACACGAUAAAGUGAAUUACGUAGUUUUAGAACAACCAUAUAGGAAUGUUUCUCUGAAUAAGAGUUCAAGUCCUGCUUUCUCUCUCUUUCUGUAGGUGUUACAGUUAUUGACAAGCCAUUGUGAGUUGGUGCAAAGAUUUAUCCCUACCUUGAUUAUACAGUAGAAGCAAGCUUUAACAAGUGAUGUCGAAGUGAUUGAGCAUCAAGUCACUUCUUAACUUGUAGCACAUUGAGACAUGUUGGAAGCUGUGGCCUGCGACAAUUAAGGAUGAAAAUGAAGAUUAUUCCAGUUUGAAGCAAUGUGUAGCAUUAUUUGAUGUAAAGCAGCAUCUGACUGAGAUGUAGCUGGCUGUGUUGACUACAAUUUGGAUUUGCUGGGUUUCUGGACAAAAUUCCUUAAGGACCAAUCAUGUGUCUCAUGGUUGACUGGAUUUUUUUUUUUAAGUAAAAGAUAGUGUUUCCUGGUGUCUUUUUUCCAAAGAAAAAAAAUAUCCAUUAACUGCUGGUUUUUGGAGGAAUAUUGAAUCCCAGCUUAGUACUACAAGCUGGCACAAGAAUCUGGAUGCUUUUAUAAAUCAUCUUUGGUUACAUUACUAUUGUGUGCAUAUUUAAGUGUGUGUGUAAGUAGACUUUCUUUAUACUUGUUUGGAACUUAAUGAUACUAUUUAUACUCUGCACGGAACUUUGAAGUUUGCCAGUACUAUGUUGUAAAACAGAGGUGUAUAUUUUGAUAUUUACCAAUGCUUUAACAAAUGCCACAGAAAACAUACAAUACAAUGCUCAUGAAACAAGUGUAAUGCCAAAAUGUUUUAAACUAAUGUAUUGGUGAUCUCUGUUUACCAAGUUCUCUUUUGUUAUGUUUUGAUCUAUCUCUCUUAACUCUGUCAUAAGGGUUAAUACUUGGCAUGGGCAUAAUGGCAGGUUUAUAAUGAAUGUAUGGAGCUCUGUUUUACUUGCAUGGCAUUUAAAACUUUUCCUGUGUAACUAGCUGCUAUUAAUUAUGUACUUCCUGUAUGUGAAAAUGUUUGUAAACAAACAAUUCCUGGAUGCUUUAAAUAUGACCAAAACUAUUGUCAUUUUGACUUCUUUUCUUUUAAUAAAACUUUGCAUAUUUGUUUUUCCUA